GCAAACCAUCAGUAUUUGAAAAGCGAUUAUACAAGUAAGAGAAGAGGUGAACUUGGUGGAAACACCGCGAUACAAUAUUAUAUUAACACAGCGAUUUAUAAAAGUUAUUCUUGUAUUCAGUGCGAAUUUUAUUGAAAGCUAAAUAAAAUGCCAGCUAUUGGAAUUGAUCUUGGUACGACGUAUUCGUGCGUUGGAGUGUGGCAACAUGGAAACGUGGAGAUCAUCGCAAACGACCAAGGCAACAGAACAACACCUUCAUAUGUGGCUUUCACGGACACGGAGAGGCUCAUCGGAGACGCCGCUAAGAACCAGGUGGCUCUGAAUCCCAGCAAUACUGUCUUCGACGCUAAACGGUUGAUCGGCAGAAAGUUCGACGAUCCGAAGAUACAACAAGACAUGAAGCACUGGCCUUUCAGAGUCAUCAGUGAUUGUGGAAAACCGAAGAUCCAAGUCGAGUUCAAAGGUGAAGUGAAGACGUUCGCACCGGAGGAGAUCAGCAGCAUGGUGCUGACAAAGAUGAAGGAGACCGCCGAAGCUUACCUGGGAUCGAGCGUGAAGGACGCCGUGAUCACAGUCCCGGCAUACUUCAACGACUCGCAGCGGCAAGCGACGAAGGACGCCGGCGCCAUCGCCGGCCUGAAUGUGCUCCGCAUCAUAAACGAGCCCACAGCCGCCGCCCUGGCCUACGGGCUGGACAAGAACCUCAAGGGAGAGCGGAAUGUGCUGAUUUUCGACCUCGGCGGCGGCACAUUCGACGUUUCGAUUCUCACGAUAGACGAAGGCUCUCUGUUCGAAGUGAAGGCCACAGCGGGAGACACGCAUCUUGGCGGCGAGGACUUCGACAACAGACUCGUGAACCACUUGGCAGAUGAGUUCAAACGUAAAUACAAGAAAGAUCUGCGCAGCAACCCCAGAGCCUUGCGACGCCUGCGAACGGCGGCCGAGCGAGCGAAGCGCACAUUGUCGUCCAGCACCGAAGCGACGAUCGAGAUCGACGCGUUGUACGAGGGCAUCGACUUCUACACCAGAGUGUCGAGAGCCAGGUUCGAGGAGCUGAACGCGGAUCUGUUCCGCGGCACGCUCGAGCCCGUCGAGAAAGCACUCCGAGAUGCGAAACUGGACAAGAGCUCCAUCCACGACGUGGUGCUGGUCGGCGGUUCGACUCGCAUACCGAAGAUCCAGAGCAUGCUGCAGAACUUGUUCAGUGGCAAGAAGCUGAACCUCUCCAUCAACCCCGAUGAAGCCGUGGCGUACGGAGCGGCGGUUCAAGCGGCGAUCCUCAGCGGAGAGCAGCACAGCAAGAUCCAAGACGUGCUGCUCGUGGACGUGGCGCCGCUGUCUCUGGGGAUCGAGACCGCGGGAGGAGUCAUGACGAAAAUCAUCGAGCGCAACUGUAAGAUACCCUGCAAGCAGUCCCAGACCUUCACCACCUUCUCGGACAACCAGCCGGCCGUCACCAUCCAGGUGUACGAGGGAGAGCGAGCCAUGACCAAAGACAACAACCGCCUGGGCACGUUCGACCUCACCGGCAUUCCGCCGGCUCCGCGGGGAGUUCCCAAAAUCGACGUCACCUUCGACCUGGACGCCAACGGCAUUCUGAACGUGUCCGCCAAAGAGAACAGCACCGGACGCAGCAAGAACAUCGUCAUCAAGAACGACAAGGGAAGGCUCUCGCAAGCCGAGAUCGACCGCAUGCUGGCCGAAGCCGAACGCUACAAGGAGGAAGACGAGCGGCAGCGCGAGCGCGUGGCGGCUCGCAACCAGCUGGAGUCGUACGUGUUCAGCGUGCGGCAAGCGCUCGACGACGCGGGGGCGAAGCUCUCGGAGCAAGACAAGGACAGCGCGCGGCGGGAGUGCGACGAGGCGCUCAAGUGGCUGGAGAACAACUCGCUGGCCGACAAGGAGGAGUACGAGCACCGGCUGAAGGAGCUGCAGAGGACCUGCACACCGCUCAUGACCAAGCUGCACGGGCAGGGCGGCCCGCAGGCGACCGCCGGCGGCCAGGGCCCCACGGUGGAGGAGGUGGACUGAGCUGCUGGAGCUAGUCAUUACCCGCGCCAGUGAUAAGACUGAUUUAUUUGUCAAUUGUACAAACUCUUUAUAAUUCUAAGCAAACAGCUAACACAUGAUCAUACCUGGAUACCAUAAAUUUAUUUAAAUAAAUAAAUUAUUAAGAGUAAA